UAUAUACAUACACAAGAUCCUUUAUUUUUGGAAGAAAAAAAGGAAGUAUUCCAAGGUUUAUAAAAAUAUAAAUGAAGUUUCUUAUGCCAUGUUAUCAAUGUUUCAGCUCAACUUCAGAAGUCAAGAUGGUCCAUAAAAGUGAUAAAGGUGGAGAAAGUUCUAUGAAUUUUAGGUUAUUUUCUUACCAUGAGUUGAAAGUUGCUAGUGAUGGUUUCAGUUCCAAAAACAAAGUUGGAGAAGGAGGAUUUGGCUCUGUUUACAAGGGUCAUCUCAGUGAUGGGACUAUCGUCGCGAUAAAAGUGCUCUCUGUCGAAAUUGAAUCGAUGAGAGGCGAGCGUGAAUUCAUAUCCGAAAUUGCUGCAUUAUCUGAUGUACAUCAUGAAAAUCUUGUAAAUCUUCAUGGAUGUUGCGUUGAAGGAGCCAAAAGAUGUUUGGUCUAUGAUUAUAUGGAAAACAAUAGCCUAGCGUAUCGAUUUCUAGGUGGGGAGCUAAACAGGAGCAGUUUUAAUUGGACAACAAGGAAGAAUGUUUCAUUAGGAGUUGCUAAAGCAUUAGCAUAUCUCCAUGAAGAGAAGGACCCUCAUAUAGUUCACAGAGAUAUCAAGGCAAGCAAUGUGCUACUAGAUCACAAUUUUAAUCCGAAAGUAGCAGAUUUCGGGCUUGCAAGGUUGUUUCAAGACGGCACAUCUCAUAUUAGUACUCGUGUUGCUGGGACAUUAGGGUAUCUUUCUCCAGAAUACGCUGUUAGUGGCCGAUUGACUCGGAAAUCUGAUGUUUAUAGCUUUGGUGUGCUGCUUCUUGAAAUCAUCACUGGCCGAUCAGUUGUUGAUUUCGACAUGGAACUUGGAGAGCGUUUCCUGGUUGAUAAGACAUGGGAUAUGUAUAACUGUGAUCGUCUGGUGGAGCUAGUGGACCCUUUGUUGUUAAAAGGUGACGAUGAGAGGCUAAAAAAAGAAGCAGUGCGAUUUUUGAAGGUUGGGUUACUAUGUGUUCAAGAGACCUCAAAACUUCGCCCCAAGAUGUCUGGAGUCAUCAGGAUGUUGACUGGUGAAACUAGUGUGGAAGAAGUGAAAAUUACACAGCCGGGGUUUGUUGCGGAUCUCAUGGAUGUCAAGAUUCAAAAGAAAAGGCCGAGUUGAUGGUUUGUAGAUGUCUAGUUUUGAGGCUAACAUAUGUAAAGUCUGGAUAUAUGAGUCCUAUAAGUUUGUUUAUAAAAAUCUGACAAAUUCUAGGAAAAAAUGCAUUCUUGUUACACACCCAAGAAUAAAUGGGUUUUUAGUCAGGCAUUUGGUGUAAACAGAUGUUGAUUCUUUUGUUGUUUAUAACUUGCAUUUUUAUCA